GAAUCAUUUACGAUGUAAUUAAUGAACCACCCAGCAUCGGUUCCACUACUGAUGAAAGUGGUCAUUCCAGACCAGUGGCCUUCAUGCCGUACCGAAUAAAUGGCCAGUACAUCAUGGAGGGGCUCGCCUCGAGCUUCCUCUUCACGAUGGGCGGACUUGGCUUUGUCAUCCUCGACCAGACGAACAAGCCGAACACGCCCAAGCUGAACCGCAUUCUCCUGCUCUUCAUGGGCUUCCUCUUUGUGCUCGUCUCCUUCUUCAUGUGCCGCGUGUUCAUGCGCAUGAAGCUGCCUGGUUACAUGCAAGGGUAGAUGGACCUCUGCUACAAAUUCCAGCAAUAACACAGUGGUUUGCAUUCCUCUUCUGUUUCUGAUGGUGGAUCAACUCCAUUGAGCACAUUUUGUGUAUGGGAUGUUUCGUGGGAGCAAUUUCUUCAGCUAUCCCCCUGGUGGUAAUGGUCAAGCUAAAACCCAUAACACAAACACGGACAUUUCAGAUCUAUUAGUAGCCCAAGUGAUUAGUGUAAUCAUUCAAGGCUACUUGGGCAUUUUUUUACAGUUCUGACUUCAGAUUUGCAAUGCGAAAAAUUGACUGUAAAUUAUUUAAAAAAAAUUACAUUCAUAUUUUCUAGUA